UCUUCCAAUCCCAGGAAGCGAAACACGCUUGGAACUUCAGCGAACUGUUGGGCCAAGAGAGGCAUGGAGUUGCUGCGUUAGUUCAGGUCUACGGACUAACUACAGUCUAGUAAAAGUCUCACUCAAAAUCAAAAAAGUAUCCGAAGAGUUGUUCUCGACAGGCUUCGAUGACGAAAUCUUUAAGGAGCUGAUAUAAUUUGGACUUUUAAAUUGCAUCUCUUGGCUAACGGUAACGUUAACACCUUUUUUUCUUCCCAAAAUAUUUACCGGCGACGUCAACCUCCCGAGGGUGUAGUCUAUUUGCUGGAGCAGAAGUUAGCUAGCUAGUUGGAGUUAGCUGGUAAAUUGAAUGACUUUUAAAUAUAGCAAUAUAAAAUGGUAGUUAUAGAAGACGCCACAUUAUUUAUCCAGGUAAUUUGAAUAUAGUUGUUAGAAUUAUUUAAUACAAUGUGAGAUUGAAACUGCGUGGAGUUAACGAAAAGGCACUGUUUUUGUUUUAGUUUGUUUCUUGAAUCACUGGUUCUAGUUGUAGGUCAAGGCUAUUUCCCGGGAGGGGAUUAUCCAAGCACAAGUCUGAAAAAUGAUGAAUGUAGGUCAGGCGGUGGAAUUAAAAUAUUUGUGCCACUACAUAUUUGUUUUCUUCCAAAUGAGCAUUAAAACAGCUAAAAACGGAAUGAAUGAGGGAUAAAAAAAUCAUGUCAACAAGGUUUGUAAAGUAGAAAAUGCAGCUCUGAAGAUUACGUAAAACUGUUUGUCUGGAUUAUGACACUAGAAGAAAUGACUUCUCCCACAAGUAUCAUACAUUUUAAGAUGAAUCACUCUUCCUCACUUCUUACCCUUGGUUUUUUGGAGUCUGCAGCUGCAGCUCCGGGACCGCAUCUGACUUGUUAGGCCUUCCGAAAUGGUUCGUAAUAACUUUGGAAAAAACUAUUUACAACUGAGCAAUUUCAAAACUAUAUAAACGUAAAGACAAAGUUCGUUUAGCAGUUUUCUCUGUUUUUAAUGAAAGAUCUACAUAAUUUUGUACUUCAGAAUGACAUUAGUAUUAAAAUAUUUUAAUUUUUUUCCAUAUUUAAAAAGCAAACUGUACUUUCCCUCCCUUCAGUUUCUACAAAUAUGAGAUGUUCAGUUUAAGAAAAAAAUAUUUAUUCUCAAUCUUAAACAUUGGCUGUGUGUAUAUUUCUUUAACGGUGAAACAUUUAUAUUUACACAAAACGUAUUUUUUUUAUGAAGGGUCAUGUAUGUUUUAUAGCUUUAUACUAAUUUAUUAGAAGCAAAGGAAGAAGUUAUCACCAUUUUUUCUGUGGAUUGUUGUUACCUAGAUAUUUUAGGGACACUGGGAAAACACAGAUGUAAAUAUUUUCAGUGGGGUCAGGAGGGUUGCUGGUGCCUAUCUUCAGCUAACUUCCUGGCGAAAGGGCGGGGUCACCCUGGACAGGUCGCCAGUCUGUCGCAGAGCUGACAUUAAACGAUGAUUCCCAUGACUUGAGACUUUCUCGCUGUUUUGGAGCGAACACCAGAAGGGAGUACUUCCUCUGGACGACAAGACAUCGCCACCUGUGAAACGAGUAAAUCAUGCCCUUGCCAUUUGGCUUUAAGCUCAAAAGGACUCGAAGGUAUACUGUUUCAAGCAAGAGCUGUCUUGUCACUCGGAUUCAGCUCCUGAAUGGAGAGUUUGUUGAGUUUACGCUGUCUGUGGAGAGCACUGGGCAGGAAUGUUUGGAGGCAGUAGCCCAGAGACUUGAGUUAAGAGAGAUCACAUAUUUCAGUCUGUGGUACUUCAAUAAGCAGAACCAGCAGAGAUGGAUCGACUUGGAAAAAGCCUUAAAGAAACAGUUGGACAAAUAUGGGCAGGAGCCCACAGUUUACUUUGGAGUUUUGUUUUACAUACCCAGUGUUACCCAACUGCAACAGGAGAUCACAAGAUACCAGUAUUACCUACAGUUGAAGAAGGAUGUUCUUGAGGGCAGGAUCACAUGCUCACUGGACCAGGCUAUUCGUUUAGCCAGUUUAGCAGUACAAGCUGACUUUGGAGACUUCAAUCGAUAUGACUCCCAGGAAUUUCUUCAGAAGUUUGCACUAUUUCCUAUUGACUGGAUUCAGGAUGAACGCGUGCUGGAGGAGGCCACUCAGAAAGUGGCAAUUCUCUAUCAGUCAUUCAGAGGUUUUUCAGCUCCUGAGGCAGAAAUGCUGUACAUGCAGGAGGUUGAAAAAUUGGAAGGUUAUGGGCAGGAGAGCUAUCAAGCCAAGGACAACACAGGCGUAGACGUCACUCUGGGUUCCUGUCUUGAUGGUAUCUUUGUAAAAUAUAAGAAUGGACGUUCACCUUUAUUAUAUCGGUGGCAUGAAAUUACCAACAUGAAUCACAAUAGGUCCUUCUUUGGCCUGGAGCUCAGCAACAGAGAGGAGAGUGUUCAGUUCCAGACCGACGACAUGGAAACUUCUAAAUACGUCUGCCGCAUGUGUCUGGCCAGACUCAAGUUUUAUAAGAUAAACAAGAGCAACUUAGAGGAGAGUCCCGCUCUGCCCUCUGAGAGCUCCCAGAAGUCCCUUCUCACUCUAUCCUUUCCUCGUUUUCCAAUACUCUCUCGCACAUCUCUGCCUUCAGUAAAGGGCCAAACUCCACCUACGGCAGUCAAUUUAGUCAGACGGAGAUCUUCAACGAGAAUUUCUCUGCCAAAGUCUCAGGCCUACUUGAUGCCUCAGAUGCACUACAAUGGCCAUUUUACUGAGCCCUACACUUCAUCACAAGAUAACCUGUAUAUGAACCCCCAGAAUGGUUUUUACUACCACUCCCAGACCAGCCUGGACUGCUCUCCUCUGGAGUACAGCAGCGGAGGGCGUCUGCGUAACGGCAGCGUCUACAGCGCCCACAGCACCAGCUCACUGAACAAUCCCCAGCACUACCUUCAGCCCUCGCCCAUGUCCUCCAACCCCUCCAUUACAAGUGACAUCACCAGGCCAGACUUCGUUCCCUCCCAUCGCCACAGCGCGCUCAUCCCACCCUCCUAUCGUGCCACUCCUGAUUACGAGACGGUAAUGCGGCAGAAGAACCGAGGCAUGGCAGGGGGCAUGGUUCUGUCUCAGGAGCAUCGGCAGAGCCACUCCAUGAGGAAUUUGAACAUCGGGAACUCGUACGCCUACAGCAGACCGGACCCUCUGGUUUGCAGCCAACCAGAAAUUAGAGUAGAGUACGGCGGAACGUCCCAGCAUCACCAGUACCCCUUUCAUCUGGGCUCCAGCUUCCACAGCCCCUCUCCGUACCCCUACCCUCCAGAGCGGAGGCCCGUUGUUGGAGCCGUCAGCGUCCCGGAGCUCACAAACGUCCAGCUGCAGCAGGCGCAGGAUUAUCCGGCCCCCAACAUCAUGAGAACGCAGGUCUACCGACCGCCACCACCUUGCCCGUAUGCUCACCCGCGUCCUGCCAACAGCACGCCCGACCUGUCUCGUCACCUCUACGUCAGCAGCAGCAACCCAGACCUGAUAAUCACCAGACGAGUCCAUCACUCUGUCCAGACCUUCCAGGAGGACAGCCUGCCUGUCGCACACUCCCUACAGGAAGUAUCGGAGCCUCUGUUCAGCGCUCCGCCACAUCGACAGCAGUACCACGCUCACAAGCGAAACUCCAUCGAGAUCGCCGGCUUGGCUCACAGCCUGGAGGCGGUGAGGGUCAAAGAGAGAACUAUGUCCUCCUCAGCAGCGGAAGCAGCAACUCCACCUCCUGUGGUGCAUUCGGGAUCCCAGGUUAACGUGUUUUUAGAACACGCUAAGACGGCAGAGAGGGGAGACGCACAGUACGGACACAAAAAGUCUCUGUCCGACGCAACAAUGCUAGUUCAUAGUAGCGGGGAAGAUGAGGAGUUGGAGGACGAUAGCGGGCGUCACACUCCUCUUUCACAGGAAGCGGUGGUUAUUCCAGAGCAGCCAGCACCGCAGCAGCAGCAUCGCAGCCUGACAUCUCUGUCCUCUGUGACGACUCAGCAACAAAUCCCGAAGGAGCCGCCUCCCGCGUAUCCCAUAGGGUCUGCCCUAGACCCCUCCAAAACCAGCCCCCUGGUCUAUAAAGUUCACCCUCGGAUCCACAAAGGAGAGCCGCUUUACAUGCUGUCAGAUUUGAGACAACCUGAAAUUAUGCCCUCAGUGUCUGAGAGCGACGUGAGCGAGCAAGACAAUCACAAGCCCAAGAGAGACUUCAGUAAGGGACCCGUGUUCGCGCUUCCUGCUGGAGGGGAAACGUUACAGGGUUUACCUCCUCCGGGGAUGAAGAAAGGAUCCAGGUCAGAGGUGAGGAAGAUGGGCCCUCUGAAGGUGGCCCGUCACAACGGCCUGUCGGUGUCCAGGAAGGUGGUGCAGAACGAGGUCAAAGACGAGCCGGAGCAGCCGUCUAACAAUGAGAAAUGCAAGUUGCUGGAGCAGCAUGUGGAAAUGGGGGAGCUGCUGAAGGAGUUUGAGAGCGUCCCAAAGCGCGUCCCAGGAGAGGAUUGCAACACGGCCCUGCUUGCAGAGAACAGGGACAAAAACCGCUUUUCAGACGUCCUGCCUUACGACAGCAGCAGAGUGGAGCUGGUUCCCACUAAAGAGAACAACACGGGCUACAUCAACGCGUCGCACGUUAAGGUAACAAUAGGCGGAAAGACGUGGAGCUACAUCGCUGCACAGGGUCCUCUGUCUCACACGUGUGCAGACUUUUGGCAGAUGGUGUGGGAGGAGGACGUCUCCAUCAUCGCCAUGGUGACUGCUGAAGAGGAGAGCGGUCGAGAGAAGAGCUGCCGCUAUUGGCCUCGUCUCGGCUCCCGGCACAACACGGUGACUUACGGCCGAUUCAGGAUCACCACGCGGUUCAGGACGGAAUCUGGCUGCUACGCCACCACGGGGCUGAAGAUCAAAAACGUCCCCAAGGACCAAGAGAGGACCGUCUGGCAUCUGCAGUACACGGACUGGCCUGACCAUGGCUGUCCAGAGGACUUUAAAGGCUUCCUCACGUACCUCGAGGAGGUCCAGUCUGUGAGGAGACACACGAACGCCAUCAGUGACCCAAAGAACAUCAACCCAGUGCUGGUCCACUGCAGCGCUGGAGUGGGUCGCUCCGGAGUCGUCAUCCUUUCUGAGCUCAUGAUAGCUUGUCUGGAGCACAACGAGGUGCUGACUGUCCCAGAAGUCCUGAGGAUGCUGCGUGACCAGAGGAUGCUGAUGGUUCAGACGUUGUCUCAGUACACGUUUGUCUACAAGGUUCUCAUCGAGUACCUCCGCAACUCCAGGCUCAUCUGAUGGGCGACGCAUCCGGGAUUACCGCAGAGGGGAGGAUUAAGCGUUUAUAACAAACUGCACUGAGGCAGCUGCUCAUAUCUGUCCCAAGCGUGGAUGCCAUAAUUUGGACCCCGUUUUUGCCAAGUAUGAAAUCACUUUCAUUCUAAGAAGUGAAAUGAUGAGAGAGAAGCGACGCCACAUGAAGAAUCUCAGACUGUGACCUGCCUCUUAACAGUAUUAAUCUUAAAGAUAUUUUUUUACCCACGCAGGUUAACAAAGCCCAGCACUUUGAUGGUACCACAUGUACAUAAUGAAGCAAUGCUAAGCUGCAUAAACAAAUACUAUUGAAAACUUUUAUGUUCAUUUAAUGAAGGAUACUUUUGAAAUCACGGAUAGGUGCUUCUGAAUAAACAAGAAAAAAAUC